GUGUGUAAACCUGUGUUCGGCAGUAGGCUAUUUAUCAUGACAACAGUAAACUUUCAAAAAAAUGCUGAUAUGAAGACUUCACGGGUAUUAUCUCAUCUGCAUACAAAGGACGGUGGCCACUAGACAGAUAACCUUGCAUUAACCGACAUGACGGUACAAGGACGCGAUUCAGUACGACUCGGAAAGUGGUAGGCGUGGUGGAGGGGUUAUUGUCUCGAAUAGACGAGUGGACAAAACAGAUACAAACAAGAUGCUUAAGCAAGGUGCAUUCGGGAUCAAAACGUACAGUUCCAGGAAGACGUAGGCAUAUGACGUCAUGAUUUCCUGUGUUUUCGUCAUCGUGUUGUGCGCUGUCAAUCUCGUCAUGGGACAAGACGACAUGACGUGUGGUUCGUUGGCGAACUCUACUAACACGACCAACGGGUCUCUGACCACCAUCAUGGCCAAACACGAGGCUGCACUGCUGCUGCUACUGGGGUUCGGGGGGUUCUCCAUCCUCCUGGCUCUCCUCUACAACGCCAUCAGAAAGUACGUCUUCCACGACGCCGAUAACCUGGACACGACGUUCGAUGCCGGUGGGAAAGUCAGCACAAGUUUGACUGCUGUCACCGUAGCAUCGCAGCUUCUGUGGCCGGGGGGACUUGUUACAGAGCACCACCGUCGCCAUCAAGAAUGGUAUUGCUGGCACCUUCUGGUAUUCCGUGGGUGCGGUCACCAACAUGAUCCUGUUUCCCGUACUCUCCGUCCACUUCAAGACAAGAGCUCCAGGAGCGAAAACAUUCCUACAGAUUAUCUACGCUCGGUUCGGGAAACGAGCCCACAUUGUGUAUUGUUUCUUUGCCCUACUGACAAACUUCGUGGUGAUGAUCUGCCUGCUGGUGGCAGGUAUCGCCACCUUACAGUCAAUGAUAAGUAACGCCUCUCCCGAAUUUUGUGUUCUACUCAUGGCAACCCUGUUUGGUAGCUACUCAUUCGUGGGUGGCCUUGGAACGACAUUCUACGUCUCCUACUUCAAUGCCGUGCUCGUCUUCGUCAUCCUUGUUGUCUUCAUCAUGAACAUCUUCUACCUUGAGAAUCCGGGCGACACAAAACUCCUUGGUAGCAUGGACGCCAUAUUUAAACAGGUGUCGUGUCAAGAAGGGCCUGCAGGCAACGAGGGCAGGAGUUACCUAACUUUCUGGUCAGAAGGGGCUAUCAUCUGGGGCAUCCAGGGCGUGUUUGCGACGUCAUCCUUGACCUUUUGUGACCAGGCGUCUUGGCAAAGUCGUAUUGCUGCCAAACCAGCGCAAGGCGUGCUGGGCUUCUUUGCUGCAACGUACAUCUGGUUCGCCAUCCCGUCUUCUAUAGGAACAAGCACUGGACUCGCUUACCUCGCUCUCAGCUCAUCAAACUCAUCAUUUGCCCUACCCACCUCAGUCAUUGAUGCAGGUCUGGUGACGCCGUUUAUUGCGGAGACGGCGCUAGGCUAUGCAGGUGGAGUCAUGGUGUUAACGAUGCUGACGAUGGCCUUGAUGUCGACGGGGUCAGGGGAGGUGAUGGCGGUGUCGUCGAUCAUCGUUUACGACAUCUAUCAGACACACAUCAACCCCUACAGAAAAGGACAUACGAAAAGAAACUGCCUCUUAUGUGGCAAAACGAAGCCUGCACUCAAAAAUGCCACCACUGACAAAGACGAGCUGGCUUCAUACUGCGAGUGCACUCCAGCCUCGGACUGUCGUGACUGUGCACGUGACCAGAAGAACAAUAUCGAGAAGAAAAACCUUGGAGGUCAAAAGUUGUUCCAGUGUGGUCAGCAUGGUCAGUUCCGGAGGUACCAAGAGUCUCUGGUACAGUUCAAAAGCUGGUGCAUCCUGUGGGUGACCCUGGGAAUUAUCCCCCUUGGACUGCUUGUGAACGUGGCCGGGAUCGACCUCAACUGGAUCAUGAUGGUGGGGUUCAUCAUCACCACGCCCUGCUUCCCGGGGGCCGUGCUCAGCAUCGUGUGGCUGAAGACGUCGGCCAUAGGAGCAACUGCUGGUGUCCUUUCCGGUUUGGCUGGAGGUCUCAUAUCGCUCUUUUCUGUCGCAUCCACCUUCGACGGCGGCCUCAGCAACUUCCUCGUCAACACGUCUCAGAACUACUCCGUCGUGGCCGGAUCCAGCGCCAGCUUUCUUGUGUCACUUCUCGUCACCAUUGUACUAUCUCUCUUCACGCACAAGAUCUCGGACGAGACGGACGAGAUGACAGAGUGGGAGAAAUUACGUGACAUAGACAAUCCUCUAAAUCCAUGGGGAGAACUGUUUAAGGAGGACUUCCCAUCUCUCGAGGGAGCAAGGCCUACAGUCAAACAACUAGACUCUGUUUUCAGGAAGGCCAAAUUGACGGCCUAUGUUGGAGGAGCUGUGAGUUUGACAUUGUUUAUUGUCAUCCUGCCAAGUGUCAUGGCGGCGCUUCAUGUGCUGACGUCAUCACAGUUCCGCGCUUACUUAAUGACUUUGCAGAUUUGGUGUUUCCUUAUGGCUGCGGUUGUAGUUGUAGUCGCGCCCUUGGAAGAAGUCAUGUUGAUUGUUAAACACAUACGCGGCAGGGAAAAAACUGAAAAUAAAUCUUUAAUAAACGGCGGAAACAGGAAACCUGAGGGCAAUGAAGUAAGGGAGACAACCCUGCUCUGAUUAUAUGGACAUUGUAAUGCAUAGGUAGUAUCUGUCUUUGGGUGUCUGUUAAAUUGAUCAUUCAACGUAUAUUGUUAUGACUGUGUACAAACGAUUGCUGCUUGGCAAUGCACAAUCAUAUUUACAUAAAUAUACAUCAGUCAGAUGGUAGUAGGACUUCCUUUUGACGAAGAUAUCAUAUUUGUAUACUACACACCAUUUGUUAAGGUAUCCAGAAUGAGAAACGUUUAGGAUGCUUGGUCAGUUAUGAAGUUAUUUGAUAUAAGAGUAAUGCUAUUUUUCAGGGCAUUAUCAUUUGCAGAAGCCCGAGGUCUUCCAAAAGACCGAGGGCUUCUGCAAAUGAUAAUGCCCUAAAAAAUAGCAUUACCGUUAUUAUUGCUAAAAUACAUGGAAUUUGUGUUGAAAAGAAAAAGGAAACAAUGAAGGAAUUUUAAGUUUACUCAAAACCAACUUCUGACGGGGUUGAAAUUAUGCAUAUUUCAAUGAACAUUCAUAAAGAUAACUCGACUUUAAGGUCGUGAAUUAUAAUCAGUACGCUCUCAUUUAGGAUGUUUGCGUGUUUCUUGGAAAAAUCAAAGACUUCGCUCCAUAUGUAUGCAGCUGACAGGAAUGGCGCCAAACGAAAUUGCCAAUGAGACUUAAAAUGGUCAACGAAACACAAAAACAUCGUUUGUGAAGACGUUACUUACAGCAGGUCAACACUCAUGACCUCAUGUCAACAAGACAUCCAAAAUGGCUAUUACCCUUAUAUUAUACACCAGUUAAGGAAGUUAUGCACCAGUGAAGCUCCAUGUGUUGCUGAUUGCUGAUUGCUUCUGGUCGCCAUUAUAUAGGGUACCAAGAAGCAGAGGAACCAUUGAAAGGGUAGUCACAUAUCUAUUGUCACAGAAUAGUUAGAAAAAAGGUCACGACAUAAUCAACUCCUUUUCUACAGACGUAUGUCACUGUGGGAAAAAAUAAAAUACAUGUUGCGAUUUAUAUGGGUGAAAUUUCUAAUAUAUUUUGAGCGGUAUAUUUGAGGUUAAAAUACAGGCAUACAGAAGUGGGUUCUUCCAGUUUCACGAUGUACCGAUGUCUCGAUCUGUCACUGUUAUCGGAUGUCAUGCUUACACUGAGCGAUUUUUCGUUGUUGUUUUCCUUAAGAUUCAAAUGGACCUUUUGUCCGAAAUCAAAUACUUAUAUCAACUUUAUGUUAGUAAGUUUUGUAAGAUGGCGCAAGAUUGUAUAUCGUUAUGUUUUCAUAUAAAUCCACUUUUGUUACACUUCAGACAUGAUCCUAUGAUAAACGCAGUUAUUAUUAAACUACGAUUUAUCAUUUUCUAUGUUUUCAUGAUUUAAUUAAAAUUUUAAAUACAUUUGC